AUGGUCGAUGCGAACACGACAAGGGCAACUUCAAAGAAGAUCAAAGACUCCGCUUCAUCAAAGAGGAGUGAAGACAUCUCGGUAGCGAACGCCUUAGUACCAUCGCUUAACGCUUCUAGCGGUGAUCCCGAAGGAGUUAUGCCUGUAUCAAAGACGGCCGGAACCCCUAGUGGCAGUUCUUUACCUUCUAUAGGCGUAGUUAGUAAUGUGGUGGCAGGGAAGAAAAAUACCCCGAAUGAAACGGCAGUCGAUGACACCGUAUUCUCCCUACUAGUUGAUACAAGCGAAACGCGCAGAGACCGAGCCCCUGCGGCAUCAUUACAAUUCCCGUCUACGGCCAAGACCGGCAACUCAGCCGCGAGCCAGAUCAUCGAAGACAAAGAGGAGGACAAUUCCCCUGACAUAGCAGUCUCAUCCAUCAUGUCAGAGAGACAACAGAUGUGGAGCAGAGCGAUCACGGCGCAGAACUCAGGAGACUUAAUCUUGGCAGAAAUGCUCUUCAAAGCGAUAGGUCGCAUCGGAUCAAAUGCCGAACCGGAUCCUACUCCGAGGAACAAAGUUGAUGUAUUCGCCAUACCGACUCAGUCGGCCUCAGGAGCGGUCAUCUACAAAGAUACAGCCAUAGCACCUCCUUCUGAUAACCAUCAAGCAGCGGUCCAGAAUCCCGAGAAGUUCUACUUGACUGAAGGGGACUUGGUGUACGCUAUCGGAACGGUGACAAACCACAACAGUGUCGGUUUCGCUCCGUUUCUGGAUGAGAAUAUUCGGAAGCUCAGAUCACCACUCCCACUAACGAUAUUUAAUCGGAAGUGGCAGCAGAGAGCCAUGGCACACCAUCUAGAUAGGCGUCAGAGGUCCGAAGACUCGUCAAGCGACAAAGAGAAAGUCGGCGGAUACAAAGGCUUCGCUUUCGUCCAAGAAUGGACCCAGACUUACGCCCAGUGGACUAGAAAUCACCGAGCUUUCCGCAAAACACUCCAUGACGUGUAUAAGAUAAUCAAGUUCUCUAAAUUAUUGGCGACUCACAAGAAUAACUGUGAUGAUAUCACAGAAGAGUUCGGAUUCAUGGUAGCGUUCCGUUACGACAUGGAAGUGAGAUCAAACACCUUCUCCCACAGGAUCACAGAUGAAGACGUGAAGAACGCCAUUCCCGAUAUAUCGCAACGCAAAGAGUCCGUUGUGGAGCAAUGCUACAAUGUUUGCAGAAAUUUCGGCGAACUCGAGUGGGAAGAAAAUCUAUACGCACCUGGCAUGUCGCACUCGAACCAUGACCCAUUGACAGGGUACUUGAAGCCGUCUAAGUACGGCAAUUCGUACAACAACAACUAUCAAAACAAUCAAAUGAUCCAAAACCCAGGAGCGCAUGGCAAUUGGGCGCAUCAACAACAUAACAGCUAUCAACCUUACAACCACAACCAGAACAGAAAUCAGAACAACACCUAUCAACAGAACAACAGCAACGGUCCGAACAGUCAGAGCGGGAAUAAAUGACCGAGAGGGGGCUACCGCGGAGGCGCUUACGCCGAAGGUUUCCAGGGGAAAAGCGAUGGGAACCAAGCUGGUAGGAAGGGAAACCCUAACAAGUAGGUAAAAAAGCAGAUCUGCUCUAUCCUACUUUCUACCCUUUGCGAGCGUCUAUACGCACAUUUUCUUGUUGCGAGCGUCUGUACGCACACGUCAUUUUUCCUCUACAAUGAGUUAUCUGUUAUGACAUAAUUUUCCACAUUUUGAAUUUUGUCUGGGAAUCAUCACAUAUGAUAUGUUUACUACUUGGUUUUAAUCCAGGUGUAUUUAUUUUCGUAUUUGAGGUCCUUAUGCAAAUGUUUGUUUCUUUGUCGGUUAUUGACAAUUGCCUCUUUGUUUUUGUUUUCUUCUACAAUUCUUCUUCUCCUCCAUGGACCUUCCUAUCCGGAUGAUAAUUCUAAAAACAUUCCUUUGCCGCA